AAAUGGGUCGUCUAUACAUACUUUGCUGAUCUUUAGUUAGGUUAAUCAAAAUCUGAAGAUUAUGUUUUAUUGAAAUUGGUGAAGGGAUAUUUGUUCAACUGCACUAUUUUUGUAGUUCCUCCAUUUGACUAGGCUGUUGUUCUGACUGUGAUGUAUCCACACAAUCCGUAUUUUGGGUUGGCUCCUCAAUAUUAUGGUUUCGUUGGUAUUACUCCCAUGGCACCAAUGGCCAUACCCCCUCCACCACUGGUUACUGUGCCUACGGUAAUCCCACCACCGAAUGUUGCCGCCCCGGUUGUGCCUGCAGUUGCUGAAACUCCAAUUUAUGUGAGGGAAAAGCCUCCGGUCACCACUGUUUUUGUUGGUAACAUAGCUGAAUGCGCUCCUGAUCAACUCAUAAAGGCGCUUUUAAUGCGUUGCGGAAACAUCCUAAGCUGGAAGCGAGUUCAGGGGGCAUCCGGAAAGCUCCAGGCUUUCGGCUUUUGUGAAUACGAAGACCCUGAAUCCACCAUGAGAUGUGUACGUCUCCUAAAUGGUUUUAAAGUUGGUCCUAAGGCCUUGCUAGUAAAAGUUGAUCCGAAGACCGAAGAUUUGUUAAAUGAGUAUAGAAAAAAGAAAGAAAAGGUGGGCGAAGAGGGCACUUUGGGUGCCACUUCUGAUGAGAUCGACCAAUCGACUCAACGAGAUGAUGAAACUGUUAAGACAUCGCUUGAAAACAUUAUCAAAGAGAACAAAGCUAUGCUAGAGGAUGAGGGUGCUGCCAAGAAACAAGACCUUCACAUGGAGGGACCGCGUCACCUUACUAUUGAGGAUAUGGACCUUGACAACGAUCGUAAAGAUCUCAUUAACCGUGAAAUUGAGAGCUUUCGUAAACGAAACGAGAAGGAAGACCAGAAUGAUAACAAACAUUCACGCUCGAAAGGUACAGAUUCUGGACGCUCAAGCUCUACAAACUUGCAAUUACAUUCGUCAUAUUCUCUGAAUGACCGGGUUGAUCGUGAAUACCGCCGAGAGAGAGGUCGCCGAAGUAGGAGUCGCUCAGGUUCAUUGACUUCUAGGUCACAGAGACCAAUAACUAGUUGUUUUUUGACGUCGAACAAGGAUAUUGAUAAUGAAGAAGAAUCAAUCAAGAAGAAGUUAGAGAAAAAGCUUCGCGAAAAAGAAGAAUCAUACCAGAAGAGACUAAAGCAGUGGGAAAUUCGUGAACGAAAGAAGGCCAAUGAAUAUGAACAUGAGAGAGAUCAUGAAAGGAAACGACAACGUGAAUUGCAGAUCGAAGCUCAAAGGCUAAAGGAGUUUUUUGAAGAUUAUGAUGACAAUGUAGAGGAUCCUAAAUAUUACAGAGGCAGUGCCCUACACCAGCGUUUGAAAGAUCGUGAAAUUGAAGAAGCGGCUGAUGAACGUGAUCGACAAAAGGAAAUCGAGCAACUUGAAACAGCUCGUCGAAAGCUAAUUGAAGAGGGUGAUCCGAAUGCAGAAUCCAUUAUAUUUCAAAUGGAACAAAAAAUGCAGGAGCAUCUCAGAAGAUGUUUACUGGUCAAUGGUGAUAUGUCCAUCGAAUCAAAUGAUAACCAAUGUCCUGAACCGGUUAGUGAAAAUUUGCCGAGCGCUGAAGAUGAGUCUAAAAACCUCGAGUGUGUGGUUAAGUCACUUGAAACCAAUAAUUUAUCACCUGCAUGCAAUGGCGUUACCUCUGAGUUCGAACCUGCUGCUCCUGAAGAGACGUCUGUCAGUUUACUGAAGGAUGGUUCCAAUACAUUUUUAUUUUCAAUGAGUGCAGUUGAACCAGUAGUUCGCAAAACUGCAUCGGCAUUCGCUGAUGAAGAGCAGGAUGAGAAACCGAAAAAACAUGGUCUUUCAUGGCUGCCACCGUCAGCUUUAAAGGCUAAUUCAAUAUCCAAUCCUUCAAAUGGUGGCGAUUCAAACCAAAAUGAUUCAAACAACUUACCACCAGUUUCAGCAUUGUCAACAGAAGAAAAAAAAGCAAUUAUCAAAAGAAUUAUUGAGGGGAUACCAACUCACAAAAGAGAAUUAUUUGCUUAUCCUAUUGACUGGGAUAUGGUUGAUGCCGAUUUCGUCAAUUCUCGAAUAAAGCCUUGGGUAGAUAAGAAGAUUGUAAGUUAUAUCGGAGAAGCAGAAGCAACAUUAUCCAGUUUCAUAUGCGAUCAACUACUACACCACAAUCCACCAGAACGUAUACUUGCUGACAUUGCCAUGGUUUUAGAUGAGGAGGCAGAAGUCUUUGUUGUAAAAAUGUGGCGUCUGUUAAUAUAUGUGAUUGCAGAGAAAAAAGCUGGACUUAGUGCUUAAAUAACAUACUCAGAUGACUUACUUUUGUACAAAUGUUUUUUUAUUCUGAUUUGUAUAAAUAAAUUGUAUAAAUUAUCC